AGGAGGUGUUGAGUUCCUUCGCUCGUCGUGUUCGGACAUGGCGUUCUUGGACACGGAGACUAAGGAAGUGGAUCUUCUGGCCCACAACCUUAAAUCCACGGUUCUAGGGAACUUUGGACACUGCAGACCACGGCCUUUGAAACGCCACCUUCGUCAAGAAGCACGCAGAAUGACGUUUCCGAUGAGGCUCAAGUCAGAUGAUUGCCCAUGAUCAGCAGUGUAUAUUGGAGCUGCGCUUUACGGCCGUCGCGGAUGAUAUUGGCGAGGGAAAAGAAUCAAAUGUUCUCCUCAAGCUUUCACCCGCACUUGCCGCCAUGGUGUGUUUUGCCGCACCGGUACAUGGCAUUCAAAAAGCCUUUCUUCUUAAUUGCGCUGACGAAGCUUACUCUGACAUGCCUGCGCCUGCUGCCCACGCGCUGCACCCCGCAGUUCCCAAACUCGUCGGCAGAAAUGCGCGACAAGAUACCUCAACCAGGUACCUCGCAGCCGCAUCGGAGCUUACGGACUUGUGUAGGAAGGAGAAUACCGAUGUUCUGUUCCUGCCGUGAAUGGUGUUCCACACCCACCUGCCUUUGCGUCUUGCGCGCGACGGUGUUCAGGUUCUCUUGCUCUCGUCAAACCUUGCACGAAACCUUGCGCGCGCGAUCAUGCACAAAGCUUUUUAGGUCCGCGCAAAUUCCCUGUUCCGUAGCGUCACCGCUUGCAAAAUCCCUCGCCCUUAUCGCACCUUCAAUUGACCGGUGAUGUUGAUGACAUUGGCAGGUAGUCGGACGUUUCACCUUGCAGAAUCCGUGCUGUUCACUGCCGUGAUCCUCACAGCCUCAUCGCAGUACUCCACCCACCCAUCCAGGUCCAUCUUCUUUAACACGGUGCUGAACCCGCCGGAGCCUGCCGCAGCACCCUGGUCCCCGCAGUACUUCUGCACGACGCUCUUCUUCAGCCCGCUUUGGUCGCCUGCCCCAUCGGGGUAUUCG